AUGACGUUGAAUAAUCAACGUUUAUUAAUUUUAUUUAAAUUCCCUUUAAUUUUGAUUUUGUUGAGUUGCCAAUUUGUGGAAAUUGAAAUGAGUGUUGCAUUUACGAGACAGGCAACAAGAAUUGCAACAGAAAUAGUAGGGGGAGGAGUUGUCAAAGCUUCAAAAAAUUUAGGAGGAGAGAAUUUAAGAGAGAUUUCACAUCAAUUUAAACAUUCUGGAAAUUUUGGAAAACAUAUAGUAGCAGAGACGGGAGAAAAUGCAUUUUUGAAGACUAAACACUCUUUCAAAAGCCCAAUGCCACAUCCUGAAAAACAUUGGACUAACAAGUUAAUAGAUUUUAAACGUCUAUAUAGUCAUGGACUACAGUCACCAACAUUUUUAUUUUCUCCAAAGGGAAAAGUAUUUAAUUAUUCAACACCAGGCGAAUUAUUCGAUAAAAUUAAAACCAAAAAAGAAAAAUCUAAGGAAAUGUUAAAACAAAUUUUAGACUAUAUUUUUACAGUGGAAGAUAAAAAAGUUGAAAAAUUAUUUAAAAAACUUAACAAAAUAAGAAAAAAUUAUAACACGGUAAUAAAUGGGGGGAAUGGAGGGGGGUGGAAAGCGUAUUCAAAUUUUUUAAAUUCUUUUCUGUUUCCAUUCUCGGAGUGAUCACCCCCUUCCUUUGCAAAUCAUUUCAAAACAAAAUUAGAGUGUAUAAUAAUUAAGGUUGUCAAUUUAGAACCGAAGAUAUUUCAGUUCCGUUCUUCGGUUUAGUAAAGAAUAUCCUAAGAUUUUCCAGGAACUGACAAUUCUUUUAGUAUUCAUAUAGUUGAGGCGGACUGGGAAGGUCGUACUGGGAGGGUCGUCUCAAUUAAAGAAUUUGAGAAUUUCUAUUAAUUAUUAAAUAUAUAAAGAUUAUAUAAAGUGUGUAAUAUGUCUGAUAAUUUAUUAAAAAAAUAUUUUUUAAAAAGCUCGAGAAAUAUGCAAAAAAUGCUUCAAACUUGGAAGAAGCAAAAAAAUUAAUUGUCAAACCAAAAGAUUUUUGGAAAGAUGGAGAAGAUGAAGAGAAUCCUUUUGCUGAAUUAUUUGAGAGAGUUACCAAAUCAAAAUUAAAUAUUGGAGAGGUUUUGUUGAGGGUUUUUGUUAAAUUUGGGUGAUUGGGGGAAUUAGAAGGAAUUGGGGAAAAUAAAAUUUUGGUUACUGACCCAAAAUCCGCAUUAAAUUUCUG